AUGCAGAGGUCCCCCCUGGAGAAGGCGAACAUCUUCUCCAAACUUUUCUUCAGAUGGACAAAACCAAUUUUGAAAAAGGGUUACAGACGACGGUUGGAGCUGUCAGAUAUUUAUCAAAUCCCUUCUGCGGACUCUGCUGAUAAUCUUUCUGAAAAACUAGAAAGAGAGUGGGACAGAGAGCUGGCAACUUCAAAGAAAAAACCCAAGCUCAUUAAUGCUCUUCGACGAUGCUUUUUCUGGAAAUUUAUGUUCUAUGGAAUAAUGUUAUAUUUAGGGGAAGUCACCAAAUCUGUGCAACCCCUUCUGCUGGGAAGAAUAAUAGCUUCCUAUGAUCCGGACAACUCUGACGAAAGAUCCAUAGCCUACUACCUGGCCAUUGGCUUGUGCCUUCUCUUCCUUGUGAGAACGCUACUCAUACACCCUGCUAUAUUUGGUCUUCAUCAUAUAGGAAUGCAAAUGAGGAUAGCUAUGUUUAGCUUGAUUUAUAAGAAGAUCUUAAAACUGUCAAGCAGAGUUCUAGAUAAAAUAAGUACUGGACAAUUGGUCAGUCUUCUUUCCAACAAUCUGAACAAAUUUGAUGAGGGUCUUGCUCUGGCUCAUUUUGUAUGGAUUGCACCUUUACAAGUGGCACUGCUGAUGGGACUGCUCUGGGAUAUGUUAGAAGCUUCUGCAUUUUCUGGACUUGCUUUUCUAAUAGUCCUGGCCUUUUUCCAAGCCUGGCUGGGACAAAUGAUGAUGAAAUACAGGAAUAAGAGGGCAGGAAAGAUCAAUGAGAGACUUGUCAUCACCUCAGAAAUAAUUGAAAAUAUACAGUCAGUUAAAGCCUAUUGCUGGGAAGAUGCAAUGGAAAAAAUGAUUGAAAGCAUCCGUGAAACUGAAUUGAAGCUAACCCGAAAAGCUGCUUAUGUGAGAUAUUUCAACAGCUCAGCCUUCUUCUUUUCAGGCUUUUUUGUGGUGUUUUUAGCUGUGCUUCCAUAUGCUGUGAUUAAAGGAAUUAUUCUCCGAAAAAUAUUUACCACCAUUUCCUUCUGCAUUGUUCUUCGAAUGACAGUGACCAGGCAGUUUCCCGGGUCCGUACAGACCUGGUAUGACUCUAUUGGAGCAAUAAACAAAAUACAGGAUUUCUUGCUGAAAAAAGAAUAUAAAGCCCUGGAGUAUAAUCUAACAACCACUGGGGUUGAGCUGGACAAAGUAACAGCUUUUUGGGAUGAGGGAAUUGGACAGCUGUUUGUAAAAGCAAACCAGGAAAACAACAACAGCAAAGCUCCUAGCACUGACAACAAUCUCUUCUUCAGUAAUUUUCCCCUUCAUGCUUCUCCUGUCCUUCAGGAUAUAAAUUUCAAGAUUGAGAAGGGACAGUUAUUAGCUGUUUCUGGAUCUACUGGAGCAGGCAAGACUUCUCUUCUGAUGUUGAUAAUGGGAGAAUUGGAGCCUUCACAGGGUAAAAUUAAACACAGUGGAAGGAUAUCCUUUUCACCUCAAGUCUCCUGGAUCAUGCCUGGAACAAUAAAAGAAAACAUAAUUUUUGGUGUAUCCUAUGAUGAAUACCGAUACAAGAGUGUCAUCAAAGCCUGCCAACUAGAAGAGGACAUUUCCAAGUUCCCAGACAAAGAUUAUACAGUGCUGGGUGAAGGUGGAAUCAUUUUGAGCGGAGGCCAGCGAGCACGAAUCUCAUUAGCAAGAGCAGUGUACAAAGAUGCUGAUUUGUAUCUCCUGGAUUCUCCUUUUGGACAUUUAGACAUUUUUACAGAAAAAGAGAUAUUUGAAAGCUGUGUGUGCAAGUUGAUGGCGAAUAAAACUAGAAUCUUGGUUACUUCAAAACUGGAACAUUUAAAGAUUGCUGACAAAAUAUUAAUUUUACAUGAGGGGAGCUGCUAUUUCUAUGGAACAUUUUCUGAACUUCAGGGUCAACGGCCAGACUUCAGCUCGGAACUGAUCGGAUUUGAUUCUUUUGAUCAGUUCAGUGCAGAGAGGAGAAAUUCAAUUCUAACCGAGACUCUACGACGAUUUUCCAUUGAAGGAGAAGGCAUGGGAUCACGAAAUGAAAUAAAGAAGCAAUCUUUUAAACAAACAUCAGAUUUUAAUGACAAAAGGAAAAACUCCAUAAUUAUUAACCCCCUUAAUGCAAGUAGGAAGUUCUCAGUAGUGCAGAGGAACGGGAUGCAGGUCAAUGGGAUAGAAGAUGGCCACAAUGACCCGCCAGAAAGGAGGCUCUCGCUGGUACCUGACUUAGAACAGGGAGAUGUAGGUCUGCCUCGGAGUAACAUGCUAAACACUGACCAUGUGCUGCAAGGUCGGAGGAGGCAAUCUGUGUUAAACCUGAUGACAGGCACCUCUGUGAACUAUGGACCAAACUUUGCCAAAAAGGGAAGUACAACAUUUCGGAAAAUGUCUAUGGUGCCUCAGACAAACCUGUCUUCUGAGAUAGAUAUCUACACCAGGCGGUUGUCUCGAGACAGUGUCUUGGACAUAACUGAUGAAAUCAAUGAAGAGGAUUUGAAGGAAUGCUUUACUGAUGAUGCUGAAAGCAUGGGUACUGUUACCACAUGGAAUACCUAUUUCAGAUACGUUACCAUCCACAAAAACUUUAUUUUUGUUCUAAUUUUCUGUGUGACUGUCUUCUUAGUUGAGGUAGCUGCUUCUCUUGCUGGGGUAUGGUUUCUUAAAAAGACAGCUUUGAAAGAAAAUGCAACACAACCAGAAAACAGUACCUCUGACAAACCUCCUGUGAUUGUCACUGACACUAGCGCCUACUACAUCAUUUAUAUCUACGUGGGAGUGGCAGAUACCCUGCUGGCCAUGGGAAUCUUCAGAGGUUUGCCCCUUGUGCAUACACUUAUAACAGUGUCUAAAACUCUUCAUCAAAAGAUGGUGCACGCAGUUCUUCAUGCUCCUAUGUCAACAUUCAACUCUUGGAAAGCAGGUGGUAUGCUUAACAGGUUCUCAAAAGAUACGGCAGUACUGGAUGACUUACUUCCACUUACAGUAUUUGACUUCAUUCAGUUAAUACUCAUUGUGAUUGGCGCUAUAACAGUAGUCUCAAUAUUACAACCCUACAUCUUCCUGGCAUCAGUGCCUGUGAUAGCAGCCUUUAUUGUGUUAAGGGCAUACUUCCUCCACACUUCUCAGCAGCUGAAACAACUGGAAUCUGAAGCUCGGAGUCCAAUAUUCACCCAUCUUGUUACAAGCUUAAAAGGGUUGUGGACACUGAGAGCUUUUGGGCGGCAGCCGUAUUUUGAGACCUUAUUUCACAAAGCCCUGAACCUACACACGGCAAACUGGUUCCUCUACUUGUCAACGCUGCGCUGGUUCCAGAUGAGGAUAGAAAUGAUUUUUGUUGUCUUUUUUGUUGCUGUGGCGUUCAUCUCCGUCAUAACUACAGGUGAUGGACCAGCUGGAGUUGGCAUUAUUCUUACUUUAGCUAUGAACAUCAUGGGAACCUUACAGUGGGCCGUAAACUCAAGCAUAGAUGUGGAUAGUUUGAUGCGGUCUGUCGGACGAAUAUUUAAAUUCAUUGACAUGCCAACAGAAGAGAUGAAAAACAUCAAGCCACAGAAGAAUAACCAGCUUUCAGAUGCCCUUGUAAUUAAAAACAGGCAUGCGAAGGAGGAGAAGAACUGGCCAUCUGGGGGCCAAAUGACUGUGAAGGACCUUACAGCCAAAUAUGGUGAAGGAGGAGCUGCUGUGUUAGAAAACAUUUCCUUUUCAAUAAGUUCAGGGCAGAGGGUGGGCCUUUUAGGAAGAACUGGUUCAGGAAAAAGCACUUUACUUUUUGCAUUUUUAAGACUGCUGAAUACAGAAGGGGAUAUCCAGAUUGAUGGAGUCUCCUGGAACAUGGUCAGUGUGCAGCAAUGGAGAAAGGCAUUUGGAGUGAUUCCUCAGAAAGUGUUCAUAUUUUCUGGAACUUUUCGGAUGAAUUUAGAUCCUUAUGGGCAGUGGAAUGAUGAAGAAAUAUGGAAAGUUGCAGAGGAGGUUGGGCUGAAGUCUGUAAUUGAGCAAUUUCCAGGCCAGCUUGAUUUUGUUCUUGUGGAUGGAGGCUGCGUCCUCAGUCACGGCCACAAACAGCUGAUGUGCCUUGCCCGGUCUGUUCUCAGCAAAGCUAAAAUCUUGCUGCUCGAUGAACCAAGCGCUCACCUGGACCCUGUAACUUCCCAAGUGAUUAGGAAGACUCUGAAGCAUGCGUUUGCCAACUGCACGGUGAUACUCUCUGAACACAGGCUGGAGGCGAUGCUGGAGUGCCAGCGAUUUUUGGUAAUUGAGGACAGUAAAUUGCGGCAGUAUGAAUCUAUUCAGAAGCUGCUGAAUGAAAAGAGCUCCUUCAGGCAAGCCAUCAGCCACGCCGAUCGCCUUAAGCUACUCCCGGUACACCACAGAAACUCCAGCAAACGCAAACCUAGACCCCAAAUCACUGCCUUGCAAGAGGAGACAGAGGAAGAAGUGCAGGAGACGAGGCUGUGA